AUGGAAGCAAAAAAGGCUGCUGAAGAGCGUGGCGAAGAUUUCGAACGUUUACAAGCACUGAAAACUCAAGCAGAUCUGGCGGAGCGUAAAGAAAUGGCCAAAAGAAGGAAAAACCCGGACAGGGGAUUCAGUGAUUACGAAGCGAUGACUCUUCGUCAGUAUCAGAGAUUAUCGGGAAAUAUUAAGCCAGAUAUGAAAAGCUAUGAACGGAUGCGAGAAGUCGUGGCAAAGAAACGUGAUCAGUACCAUCGUCGGCGAAUGUUCGAUCCGGAUGCACCAAUCGAUUACAUCAACGAACGCAAUCGUAAAUUCAACCAGAAGCUGGAUCGUUUCUAUGACAAAUAUACGGAAGACCUGAAAAGCGAUCUGGAAAGAGGAACUGCUAUUUGA